UAUAUAAAAGUUAAUCGUUAAUGAAACAUAAAAUAAAAUAAAAAAAUAAAAAUAAACGAAAAACUAAAAAAAAAUACAGAAAUGGCUACGAAUGCUGCGAAUUUCGUUCCUGCAGCGGGUAUUCAAGAAGCUAUUCCAAUAUGGAAAAAAAUCGAUUGGAGCGAAGAGGUCGAGCAGGGGAUCUAUAAGGACUGGGGUGCAUAUUACUCACGCAGAGAUAGGGAAGACAAAGCAAUGUAUUAUUAUGAUAAAGCACUUGAACUCGCUCCUGAGGACUUUGUGACUUUAAGCAAACGAAGUAUGAGCAAGCGAAAGACAGCGAAAGUUGAGAGUGCUUUAAGUGACAGUAGAGCAGCUAAAGAUAUGUCGAAGAAUAUGAAUAAGGAGAGUGCAUUUAUCAAUCUCGAAGUAUGCGAGGGGAUCUACCAGCAUAAUGAAUUAGAAAAUGCAAAGGCAGCAUUACACGAGAAUACUCAAAUAUUUAAGGGAAAUAAAAUUCAAGCUUUCGUAGAACGAUUGAUUGUGGUAGAUGAGAAUUUAAAAGACACUUGCGGCGAUGGCCUAAGUCCAUUUUUCUUGGAAAAUGAAAAACACAUAUAUGAGAUCAAGAAAAUUUUAGACGAAAAAAUGAUGGUUGACAAUCGACCGUUGUGGAAAAUCUUAAAAGAACAGGGAAAAUGUGAUGUGCUCAGCAUUCCCGAUAUCGAGGAAGAAAUAUUGUCACCGCUUGAAAUAGCAAGACGUAAAAGAGCUUUUGAAAUAUUCAAUCAAAUUUAUAUAGACAAAUCAUGGAUAGAUGUCUUGUUUUUGAAAAGCUUGAAAAGUAACAAAAAUUUGUUAAUGGAUGAAUUCAAAGAAUCAAAGGACAUUUUGACCAAACUAACAACAUCAGAGUAUGAAAUUGUUAUGAAAUUCCUUAAAAUGAAUCAUGUUCGCUGUCCGUUGUACGCUAAUCGAUACCAACAAUAUCCAAAUAAGGAAGCACUUAAAAAAUUCCAAGAGGCCUAUCUUUAUCGUGUGCAGUACCAAACUCGUCGAACUAUGUUGGCAGCCCUAAGAACUAUUAGGAUUCUUCGAGCCAAAAGUGAUGUAAAUAGACUCUUAAAUGUAGUCGAGAGUGUUAUGGGAGAUUAUGUGGUUGUGAAAACGCAUCGUGUGAUGCCUUGGAAAUUUGAAUUUAUUGCAGAGGUUUAUAAUACUGUCGCGCUAACACUUUCAGAGCAGUAUACGGUUCCAAACAACUUCAAGGUAACCAAAGACAAUGCUCUUCUUACAUUGUUGCGUCAUCAAAUGGAUACCGUAAAAGAUUUUCCCAAAUUUAAAUUUGGCGAUCGAUCUACUCAUCAGGAGCCAGACUUGACUGAUCCCAAUAUGUUGAGGUCUAGACGAAUGAUAUCAAGGUUGGAAAUGCGAAUGCGAUUUGCAAAGUAUUCAAUUGAAAAAUGCUAUUUGCUUUAUCAAAUUGCAAAUAUUCAUCUCAAGUCGAAUCGUGGUGAUGAGUGCAGCUUUGCAGCUCACAAGGCAAUUGAAGAGUGUAAUAAGUGUAACAGUCUUCUUUGGAGUUUUCUUAGUCACAUUCUCAUUAUUAGAGCAAAUGCAGCUCUUCACAAAUUUUCGCGUACAAAAGCGUGUUUAAUAUCUGCACUUAGCCUUGCAGAGAAACUUAAUUCUCCACGCUUGUUCUCAUUUAUAGAUACGUGUAUGGCUUGUAAUAAGGCAGAGUAUCAAAACAAGAAAUCAUCUUUCCAAAUCAACGCUAGUCGAAGGGAAAGCAAGCUGUCUACAGUGAGUCUACAAAGAGCAAGCAAAUCUUCAAUGAUAAGUCGCGGCGAGUUAACUCGCCCCCAUAGUCUUUCGUCUCUGGUUAUGGAGUAGCUUAAUUUCAAAAAUUAAAUUAAUAAAUUUUAUGUGAAUGUAGUGAAAAAAUAACUAAACU